AUGGCGGCCGGGCACACGCGAGGUCCGGCAUCUGACGCGGCUGCCGGCUCUCGCGCGGCCGGCCGCAAGGUGCUUUCUGGCCCGGCGGCGCCGGGCCUCUACGCGCCGACCCGGGGCGGCGGGGCAAGGGCGCCGGGGACCGGUGUGCGCACCGAUGCCCCCACUCUCUGGCCCCGGCCGGCUCCCGGGUCAUCGCCCCAAGUGAAGCACCCGGACCCCAAAUGCGCGGACUCCCUCCUGGCCGGGAUCCGCGCCACGCUGGCCGAGUCGUUCGGGCAGCUGGCCGGCCCGGCCCCGACCGGCCCCGGGGGUCGCCUGGCAGGCGGCAAGCGCCCGCACCCUGGCGAUGGGCCCUGCUCGGCGUCGAAGCGGCGCGGCCGGUCGGCGGCGGUGACGGCGACGGCGCCGGCCGACGCGCCUGGCGCCGCCUGCGGCGCCGCCGCCCCCGGGUCCGACGUCCUUCGACUGCACUCGCUGGGCACGGUGAAUGUGGCCCCGGAGCGGCGGUCCGUGCUGGAGGCAUGCGCCACCAUCCGGGGCAUCCUCCGCCAGUACCGGGACUCGGUCAUCCGCCAGGCCGAGCAGGAUGCCCCGGCCGGGCCCGCGGCCAGUGGCCGCCUGAUCCAGCAGUUCCAGGCCUUCUCCAGCCUGCAAGGGCAGCUUUUCUCCACGCGGGCCUGCCUCAGCGAGUGCCGAGCCCUCUUCCAGGCGCGCAUCGACGCCAAUCACGCGCGCCCGGAGCUGUCCACCUCGCUGGCCUCGACCGAGGCGGUGCGGCCACUGGCCCAGCCCAGCUGGCUGGCCCGCGAGCGCCAGCUCAUCCGCCUGGCCCGGCAAUUCAAGCUCGACACCGAUGGGUCCUUCUAUGGCGGCGAUGGUGGCAACCUCACGGUUUUCAGCGCCAACUGGGUGCUAGAUUUCACGCUCCCCGGCCCGACGGUCACCUUCACCAUCGGCACGGACCCCUCGCCGCCGGAGUGGCGCGUCCGCGCCAACCGCCUGAUCGAGUCCGCCUUCUCGUUCAAUGUCGCGAAUGGCCGGUUUGACGCGAUCGAGGCCAGCUUCCGCAAGCUGGUCCUGUCGGACGCCUUCCUGCCAGACCCAUGCGCAUCCUUCGCCCCGGGGCCCGGGGCCCCGGCGCGCGAUCUCUGCGACAUCACCGCCCUGCGCGUGUCCCUCGAAGCGGAGCUGGACCUCCUGGCUGCCAAGACCCGCGACAUGCCCAGCCCGGGGGACCGGCGGUGGGCUCUGUUUGUCGGGGCCCCGGCCGACCAGGCGGCCAACCAGUCGCUGGUGGGCCUCCGCCAGCCGGACCCCUCGAGCUUCGAGGCGCGAUAUGUCUUCCUCUCGGCGCCGGCCCUGCCGGGCGAGCGGAUCGCCGGCGAGCAGGCCGAGUUCGCCUUCACCGCCAGUGUCGAGGAGACCGGGGCCUGCCUGCCGAGCGUCUUCCGCCUGCAGCCGGACGGCACGACGUCGGCCCUGGCCGAGACGGCCGCCCCACGCGGGACGCUCUUCGAGUCGGUGGACCCGCCGUUUAGUGCCGACGAUCUGGCCGCCCAGGAGGUCGCCCUCGUCCGGGUGGACGUCCCCCCGGCCAAUGCAUGCCCGCUGCUGUGGCCCUAUGCCAGCGGCGGCCCCGGGCGGCCAGUCCGAGAGCUGCGCAUGGUGUAUCCGCCGCCGGGGUCGGCAACGCCGGCCGGCGGCCCGGCCGCCUCCGCCGGGCCGGUGCUGCUGCUGGCGCCCGCGGUGCCGGUCGUCCCGCGCUUGGCCCGUGGCCUGAGCCGCCUGGCCGACCCGCUGCACCUGACCCCGGAGCAGCCGGAGGGGCUGGUCAGCACCGGCACCGGGCCCGGCAACUUUGCCCUCACCCUGCCGGCGGUGGGGUCGCUGCUAGCGCGCGAUGCCUGCCGGUCUGGCGGUCCCCCGGCCUCGGGCCCUGGCGAGGCGCCGCAUGCCGAGCUGCUGGGCAUCCUGCGGGCCCUGCUUGGCCGGCGGUCCCUCCGGGCCCUGCGCAAGGCCGGGCAGGGGGGCCUGGUGCCCGCGUCGACGCCGGCCGCCGCCGGGCAGCCGGGCCCCGGGGCCGGCCAGCCGGGCGCCACGCCGGCCAGCUCGGGUGUGCCCCUCGUCUGGUGGGCCCUGAAGGGGGCCACCUCCCCGGUGGGGCCCAUCUCGGCCUCCAUCUCGGCCGACCUCCUGGCCGCGCUGCCCGUCGAGUCGGCGGCCCCGGCGGUCCCGGCCGCCGUGCCCAUGGCCCUGGCCAUCAGUCGCGUGCAAAUCACCUCCUCGGUCCUGGCCCCGGUGGCGGUGCACAUCCUCCGGCAGCAGGUCCUCUUCAAUCGGCUGGUGGGGUCCUGCCUGCCGGCCGGCGGUCGGGUGGCCACUUCGGCCGAUGGCCGGCAGCGGCUGCACUCGCGGCCGGCUCCCCCUGCCGGGGGAGCCGGCAUCCUGCUGGGGUGUGCGCAGCUGCCGGCCGAAGGCCUGGCCGGCCCGUCGGCCGACCUGGCCUCAUUGGGCGACCUGCCGCCGGCGGCCGCCAACGGGGGCGAGAGCCCCGAUGCGCUGCUCACCGACCAGCAGGCGGCCCUGCUGCUGGGCAUGUCCCUGUCCUUGGGGGUCACCUUCUUCGCGGGGGACGACCCGUCGACCGGGUCGCCGGCCUCCGCCGAGGGCGAGCCCGCCAGCCUCCCGGACCCGGCCGGCCGGAGCCUGUCCUUCAAUGUGUUUGUCCUGCCCGGCGGGGGCAUCCAUCUGGCGGCCCCGGGCGCCGGGCGCUCCUCGGAGCCCGAUCCAGCCACCGGGGGGGGCUCGCUCCUGCAGGAGAUCGGCGCGGAACUGGCGCGCACCGGGUCGCUGGUGCACGGCCUGGCCGCCUGGCGGUCACGCCUCUGA